AUAAUUGUCCUCAAUAAAUAAAAUUUACAUUCAUUUUUGAUUUUGUUAUUUUUGUUAAUUUUUACAUCAAAACAAAAAAAAUAUUGAUAUUCGAAAACAACCAUGAAAUUAUUUGUAAUUUUUGUGGCCAAUCUUAUUAUGGUCAUUUCAGUUUUGGCUGGACCAACAACAACAGAAGUGCCCACAAAAUCAUCAACACCAAUAGAGCCGACGAAUUCGACAACAGUUGGAACGACUGAAAUAACAACUGAAGAGCCGACAUCAACAACUGAAGAGCCAGAAACACCAUCAUCAUCAACAACAACAGCAUCACCAACAACAAUCGGAACAACAACAACAAAAAAACCGUAUCAUUCGAAUUUUAAAAAUGUUGAUUGUAAUUUUACUGCUUGUUUAGCACCUGAAUGUCAAUGCUUACAAGAUUUGCCACCAAAUGGAAUGAAUCCUGAUGAUAUUCCACAAUUUGUUAUUGUAACAUUUGAUGGUGCUGUAACUGUUACGAAUUUUCCAUACUAUCAAACAUUAUUUGAUUUUAAAAAUCCAAACAAUUGCCCAAUACAAUCAACAUAUUUUGUAUCUCAUGUUGAUAGUAAUUAUAAAUUGGUUCAUGAACUAUAUCGUCGUGGCAAUGAAAUUGGUGUUCAUUCCAUUAGUAAAGCACGAAAUAAUAAUCAAGAAUAUUGGAAAAAACUCGAUUAUGAAGGAUGGCGACAAGAAAUGGGUGGUCAACGAAAAAUCUUAUCGAAAUAUUCGGAAAUUCCAAUUGAUCGUAUUCGUGGUGUCCGUGCACCAAAUCUUCAAACAGCCGGAAAUGUUACAUUUACUGCAUUUGUUGAUGAAAAAUUUGAAUAUGAUUGCUCGAAUCCAUCACGUCAAGGAAUUCGAUCACCAUUUUUCCCCUAUACAUUUGAUUAUGGUUUCCAACGUGAAAAUGAUUGCCAAGUACAACCAUGUUUGAAAGAAGGUGAAAAUUAUCCAGGAUUUUGGGAUGUACCAAUGAAUGAUUGGGAUGUUGAAUAUGAAGUUCAAGGAGUAAAAGUUCAUCGUGAAUGUGCUAUGGCUUCGGGAUGUAUAAUGUUCGAGAAAAAUGGUGAAGUUAAUUAUCAUCCAACUGCCGAUGAAAUAUAUGAUCUAUUUGAAUAUAAUUUUGAUCGUUUUUAUAAUGGUAACCGGGCACCAUUCCCAUUGUUUUUAAGUGAAGAAUGGAUUCAUGAUGAAGCUAAACGUGAUGCAUUAUUACGUUUUAUUCAAAACAAAUUGAACAAACAUGAUGUUUUCUUUGUUUCAAUUGAUGAAGUUUUACAAUGGAUGCAAUCACCAACAAAUGUAGCUGAUUAUAUUGAAAAAACUAAACAAUGUCGUCCAAUUGUUCAAACAAAAUGUGGACUAAAAGAUGGUGAAAAGAUUGAUGAUAUAUCACAAUUCAAACGAAAAUGUGAUUAUGAAAAAAUCGAUGAAUUAAAUGGCCAAAGUAAACGUAUGGUUAUUUGUGAUGAUUUACAUUGUCCUGUACAUUAUCCAUGGGUUAAUCGUUUGGAAUAAAAAGACAAAAUGAACGCACGUCAGAAUCGAAAUGUCAACUAGA